AUGGCGCAUGAGUUGAGCUCGAAGUCUCCCGAUCAACGAGACAAAACAAAUACGCCGAUUUCCACGCUCCCCAUAGACACGUGCGCUGAAAGAGUUGAAAUGCAUUCUACGCGGGUCAGGACUUUACAACUGAACACAGAUGCGCAAGAUCGAAAUUUGAAAACCAAGAGACUCUUUCAGGGCUCGAGGGGUAAAAUUCAUACAGCUAAGAGAACAAAGAUGGAAGGAGAACACAGCACCAUCACCGUGCGUCUUCGAAAUAAGGAACUGUGGGAGAUGUUUCAUCUCGAGGAGACGGAAAUGAUUAUAACUAAAGCUGGAAGGUACGUGUUACUUCAAUUUUUUUCCGUUUUAAAGGCAAAAAAGUGAAUCUCUUGUUUGUUUGUUUGUGUGCAUGGUAAUCUGUGAGAGGGCUCAGAAAAAAGCUUGUCUGCGCGCACCAUGCAUCUUGAUUUUCAUAUUGGCUCGUGCAAGCCAACAUUUUCGAACAUGGUUACUCAUUAGCCAUCGUAUUUUCAUGCUUCAUGCUUCACGAUAAAAAAAAAAAUGUCCAUCUAAACAUAGCUUCUCUUAUAUCCACGGGAAUAGAAAAACAAUUUUCGUUCCUUUCCAUUACCGGAACCAAAAGCAAUAAUGCAUGCAUGUUGCCCUUCUCAUAAUUGCUGAAAUACGUUUCCCAAAAAAACUGACCCAAAUUAUUAAAUGCUCAUGAAGUUAUAACAAGAUUUAUGGUCAAAUCAAAAAUUUUUUUUUUAUCUCAUGAAGUUUUAUGCAAAGUUUUCAACGUGUUUAGAGUUCAUUUUGAAAUUAGUCUCAACAAGACUCCUUUGGGAAUGAUCACAUAAUGGUUUUUAGAAGAAAAACAACGUUCAAACAGCCCGUCUUGCAUGCGAAAUUUCUGUAAACAAAACUUCAAGGAAGAAGUGUCCGGCUUUUUUGUUCGGUUGUAGAAAAGUUGAUUAAGAGCGUUAUAGUUGUCUCGAAUGCACCUUCAUUUGGUAUUCAAUCGCCCAAACAGUUUUUUCCAUUCCCAUAAAAAGUAGCGCAAAAGAUUAACGUUUUUGCGUGCGCAUUAGUUUUCGCGUGCGCAUUAGUGUUUACGAGUUAUUUAAUAGUUUAAAGCUAACGUUUUGGACGUUGGACCAAGGGUUAACGCUCGAAAUGUCAGCUUUAAAACCCUCCGCGGUGGUAAAUUCACAUUACAGACUCAGUAGGUAAAAGUAAAGAAUCUUGCAAGCCCCCCUCCCUUCUUCCUCCCCCAUCGACGUAACACCACAGUUUUAUUUGCUUUAAAUGGUUUAGCUUGUCUUGUCUGGAUAAGUGGACACUGAAUUUUAUGUUCUCUUUUUAUGCGGGAGAGCGGAAUACAGAAAGUUAACUUGUAAAUGGAACCAAUUAUUUUGGUUAUGAGACAAUUUGAUACUGGUAAAAUUCGUUUUCGCUCAGAGGGAAAUUUGGCCUAUUUAUAUUCAUUGUUUGCGCCGACGUUUGCCUGUUUGGUAAAGAUUCUGUGGUCACUGAGAGGAUGUUGACAACUUAAUUUUCAUUAUUAUUCAUUGUUUGCGCUGACUUUUGCCUGUUUGGUAAAGAUUCUGUGGUCACUGAGAGGAUGUUGACUACUUAAUUUUUUUUUCUUAUUAUUGACCUUUGGAACACUAAGAUUGACUAGCAUCUAAUUUCUCCUUACAAUUUAUAACUCCCCUGGAUCACAAUUCAAAGGAAGUAAUCAUAAACAGAAGAAACUCUUGAUUGAUAAACAAAUUCUCCAUGCCUACACCUUAGGAAAUGUCUAGAGAAUACUAAGGAGAAUGUACAUACUGAUGUUAGGAUGGAAAGGGUUAUAACGACAGAAGUAGGUGUGUCUAGAUUGGGAAGAGCUCGGUGCGCGCGCGUAGUGAAGAAGACUCUUGCUUAUACCAUUCCACUUUGUAAUAAUAAAUACCUUCACGCUUUACAUUCUAGACGAAUGUUUCCCGUCCCAGACUUCUUCCUCGGAGGACUCGAGCCUGACCAAUACUACGGCUGCGCAGUUGAAAUUGUUGCUGCAGAUAUGAACCGGUAUCGUUACAAGACACCCCAAGGGUGGGUUCCCACGGGGAAAGGAAUGCAACUGGAUCAAGUGCACUGCAAGUACCUUCAUCCCAACUCGGCCAGCCUUGGACAGUACUGGAUGGCACAAGGAGCCUUGUUUGACAAAUUGAAGCUUUCCAAUCACAUUAUACCCAGCAGUGACAGUGUGAGUGUUUUAUAUAACUAACAUUUAUACAUCGAUCAAUAUUAGGAGCUUCAAAAUCCCCUCCCCUGCCAACCCAGGGGCGUUUGACUGUCGUCCGUGUCCGGGGGGGAUGGAAAUUUGAGUCUUGCUUGGGUGUGGUGGGGGAUUUAAACCGGAACUGUCGAGUCUUUUCAGCGGAAUGCACAUGUUUUACAUUUUAAUAUGGAAGUGUUUAAAGGUAGACUUUACUUAUGCGAUCUAAUGACUCAGAAGAAAAGGACUGUAAGAAAUUUACAGUCGCUGAUCUUGCCCUUUACAAAAAUUUGACCAUGAAAUCUUAAUCUUGAGUUAGGCAUUUGAGCAAAAAUUUAGGACAGUGGGCGGAAAUUUUUAAGGAAAGUUUAUAUACCUGGGGAGUUGUGGGGAGAGGUUUCCCGGGGAAGGAUAGUUGAAGCUCCGAAUCAAUCGACACAUGACAUAAAGCAUGCUCUAGUUUUACCAUUAAAGAACAGUUUUAAGUACUACAUUUUGAGCAUUUUCACAAAUCAACUUAGAUUUAAAGUGUCGAAUCUUAUCACUCCUAAGACUUUAAGGAGGUUUCGGUCUCUCUGUUUCAUUCCUUGCUGACAGAUGGUUUAAAUUUGUGAAAAAUAUUUCUUGCUCAUAGGCUUGAUCUUUCCUUUUUUCUGUUUUCUUUUCGUCUAAAAAAAAACCCGUCAGAACGAUAAAAUGCAACCCGUGCACAUUUCUGCGCGCGCGCACCUUUUCCACAUUUACAUUUCCUAAUAGACCAGACAAACUUUCCCUUUGCAUGAAACUCUGUUCGUUACAUUGCAUCUUUUGCUUUGAUUUUUAAUCGGGAUUUCCUGUGCGAAGUUAUCUUUCUCGUCCUCUUGUCAGAGUUGUACUGAACAGACAUUUCGGAGACAUAGAUGCGGUGGCAGGAAAACUAUUCCUGUACGUGUUUAAAAAAAAAAAAAAAAUUUAAUUCAAUGCAUCCUUUUUGUAGGUGGUCGUAAACUCUAUGCAGAAGUACAGACUAAGACUGGUUGUCACUAAACUGGGAAUGCAUCAAUGUGACCGAUGGGUAUUCAACUUUCCUGAGACUCAGUUUAUCACUGUUACUAGUUAUCAGAACCCGCGCAUGACUCAACUCAAGAUCGACAACAAUCCAUUCGCCAAGGCUUUCAGAGAAGGAAAGAGGUAAGUUCAAUCAAACAAAUGCAAUUUGUAUACUGAAUUCAUCAGAUCAGGGCGAUAGAAAAAAAAAGAAAAUAAAGGUUAGAUGCAUUUUGACUUGCAACGAGUUCCCGGUAAGGUCCGCUUCUCCAAAUGCCUUGGAACUCCUUUGGCCCCAGAAUCUUAUUAGAGCGUGCGUGAUUCGUAAUUUAUUUAAAGAUAAUAAUUAUAAUAUAUAUAAAAAAUAAAAUCCAUAAACAAUGAUGAUAAUAAUAAUAAAAUUAUUUUGUCGCACUCUUCAGCGUUCCUACUUGCAGUAGCAUUCAACAUAUCGGUUCUUUUUUAUUGACUCAUUUUGUUGAACGUUCUUUCAGGUCGAGCCAACGAGACAGCACAGGAUCUAAAUCCAAGAAAAGACGCCUGCGUUUUCCAUCUCCACCACCCAUAAUCCGUUACCAGACUCCUCUUAUGAAUUUUCUCAACAGUCAAGAUCAACCGGCCUUGACCGCCGCCUCGGUACACCCACCACCUCCACCCCUGUCACACGAUUGGCCUGAGGAACCGUAUACGACAAGAAACAUUCCUUUCCAGAACGACUUACCAUUUCCUUGGGAACGAGACGAUUUGAUCCCAACGCAGAUUUCCUCGGUUCCAUCUACCAACUCAAGUUUUAAAGUGGAACUCAAUCGGACCUUCCACUUGCGCGAAAGUCUUUCUUUCGCGCCAAAUGAUAUCCCCACAGAAGAGUUGCAACCGCAGUUUCCCACUCAAUGCUGGUCAGCGCCUCCGCUGGGUUUAAACAUAUUUGAAGAUGCGCAAACGCAGAUGCAGCAUUACACUUCACGAGACCAGUUUUGGCGAGAAAGUUAGAUACUUGACAGAGGAGCAGUAGUUGACAUAGAAGUUAAGAGCACUUGAGUAUGCCCUUUUUAGGAAUUCGCCAUAUCCUGGCAUUUCGACACAGCUGCGAAUCUACAGGCUAAGACGAGUAAGGUCCCAUCGUUUUUGAUGAAUUGUGUCUUAUCAUGACGGUUUUUCUUAUUUUUGCGUUAGCAAAAGCAGUGAUUUCUGAGCUCUUACCAGGAGACAAUGGCCCCUCCUUGAAGCAGAUGCUAAAAUUAACUACAUGAACUGUUAAACUAAAUAGGACAUUUAUACCAGGGCCUUAAUAAGCCGCUGGCUGACGCACGCAUUUUGAUCGAUAGCCAAGUGUUUUUUCAGCUAGAGCCAAUAUCAUUUUAAGCUUAGAAACACCACGGACCUUUAAAUCGGGUAAAAUGUUAUACCUUCUGUCAUUGUAAAUUCAGGAACGACUUCGGAACCAAUUUCUCAGACAAUAUGCUUACAUCCUAUUUUGACCUUUCUCUUUCUUGCAAAGAGAUCAUUCUCCGCAUGGUAACUUUUUUGGGGUCAAUAUUUUUGAAGGACGGAUGACCGCGCAAAUCCUACUAUAAUAAAUUAGGCGGAAUUAAUACUACAUUUCUAACGUGUCUGAACGCAUUUUAGGAUUCCUGUGCGUUUGGUCGUUUAUAAUUAUUGGACUGUUACUUCAAUGUUCCUUCUGCUUGCUUUAACAAGCGAAGUGACCGCACCAAGAUUAUUUAUAAGUUCAUCAUGAUUGCUUAUUGGGAAAAAUUUUGUUGAGUUGUUAAGUACGAUAGCUUCAGUCUGUUUAGCUAACCCUCACAAGACUAUCUCCUGAGAUGAAAGGUCAGUCUGGGAAAAUUCCUUAAAUUUCAGCGUUCUUCCACAUUUUAUGUUAUACCUGGCAGAAAUUUAGAUCCCAAAUUUAGAAUCGGCUUUAUUUGACAAAGGAUGUAUUUUCUUUCAUAUGUAAGAUAGUUAAAGUUACGAAUCUAUCGUAUGCAAGUUAUAAAUAGUGUUCCUAGUUCUGGUUUUAGUCGAAAUAAAAUCUGAAACGGACUUGACACAAGACGUAUCUGUUUGACAUCUGAAGUGAUAUUUGUAACCUAAUAUAACUAGCAAUAAGUCUUCUGCUCUCCAUCAUUUGACACAUGAGGCAUUUUUGUCUCAAAAGUUAACAGACACAUCCCUCUCUCCCUCCCGGGGAAAAAGGAAAGUCGAUAAAUUUCUGAAAACCCAUAAUAAAAAAAAAGAAUUUUGAGAAGAAACUUGCAAAAUUUGUCGCACAGCGGCUUAUCUGUCUUUCAUUUUAUUGCAGUUUGAUUGGUUUCUUAAGAAAGCCUGAUUGUUUUGUUCUAGUGUUGCUUUUUCGUUGGUCGGGGAAAAGAUGGUAGUUUAAAAAAAAAAGGGCGACGCAGGAAUACAUCGCACAGCUGAGGGCCAAUCAGAUUGCAAGGAAGUCCAUUGAUUUCAUAGUAAAUGCAAUAAAGCAAAUGAAAGUAUCUUUUGUUGCGAUUCAUCCUGUAGAAUCGUUCCUUUCUGUGCACACAGAUUUAUUUUUAGUUUUGAUGGUAAUAGGGACAGUGGCAGAAAAUUGAUGCUUACGUAACAAAACUUAUCGAAUAGAGGGCCUUUUAUAGUGAAAAAAGGAUUUAUCUGCUAGGCUGCCAAAUCACAAUGGUAAGAAGUUAAAAAUUGCCUAUGAGUAUACUAUGGUUUCCUUUCCUUUUCAUUUUACCUACAAGGAGGAAAAAAAAUUCACGACUAAGAAUUUGGCUCAACAUAGCUGCAAGGAAUAUAUAUUCGGUCAGAUAUAUUUAUGACUGUUAUGUAAAGAAUUUUAAAAAUGCUCCACUCAAUUACUGUUACCCGAUAAAACAUCGAUGAUUGGUACUUAAACUCGUUGUUUAAGUAUCAAUUGUAAUGAUUUUAUCACUGAUAUCGGUGAAAAUUACUGUGAGAAUAAAAAUGGAGGAGAGUGUCUCUAAAAAAUGUCAUUUUCGUUGCUUAUUCUUUCAUGUUCACUAUUAAAAGAACGCUUGUUUCCCUAUUUUACAUCUAUUUGUAUUUUUUUAGUAUAUUUUUGAAUUGGAUUUCAUAAAAGCCCAGGAAAACUUGAAGCGACUCAAUUCGUUUAAUAAAAAUGGGAAUCUUAUUCGAGUUUAGAACAGAGAAGGAAAUUUUUUCGCGCUGAAUUGCACAAACCGUUAACAGGAGCCCACUGAACUCCUGCCAAAAAUAGUACGAUACAAGUUGUGCAACACAUUUGUUCAUAGAAGUAGAGCGUGGAAAUAUUUCAGAGAAAGUUUCAAGCCGUUGACCCUUUGAUUCAAGCUACUCAAAGAAUCGGAAUUAUUGAGUCAAAAGGCUUGCCUCCGUGCGAUGUUAUAAAUAUUCCUUUUAGCAGUACAAAAGUUAUGAAAUAAGUUGCUAUAAUUCUUUUUUCUUUUUUUUUUUACAAUAAUUUUAUGACGUCAAUCGCAGCAUGGUUAGUCACGCAAAAGUUAAUGAAAAGUUCCAAAGAUCCUAGGCAGUAAUAACAUUCAAUCGGCUUUUUUCGAGGAGAUUUUAGUCGAAACAAUGAGUUAUUAAGAUUGUUUAUUUUGGUCUUGUUCCAUUUCCGUUGCUGAAUUUAUCACUUUUGUCUCGCGCUCGUUGACUUUUGACUUCCGGUAGGUAUAGUAUAACCUGCUAUCUCAUGGGGGGUCGGUUUGAGUGUUGUCAAUAUGCAGGCACACAGCGGUUACAGCCGAAUAUUUGAUCUCAGCAAGACGAGACUUCAGCCCAAAACUCAAGAAUGAGAAUCGUGCGUAUUCUCUCCAUCGAAAGUUAACGAGACGCACUAUUCGGGCGUCUGAAAAUUGGAGAUGAUGCCCGCGCAAGAUUUACCCGGCUCGCAAACUCCUGGUCAGGUAAGUUGCCAUGAACAAUUUGACUACUGACGAUUGCACGCAUUACGCGGUGAUAUUGACUUGAUUUUCAUGCUCACCUUCCUCUAUAUUACCGCAAGUUGCUAUUUUGAUAAAAGUUUGAUCAAAAUUCUUUAACAGAGUCUUCUCACGCUUUUGUCCAUCGUGUGGUUCGGGUUUUUCUCGCUUUGUCGGUCGUGACAAGUACAAUGCGUACGUGAUUUUUUGUGUAAUACGCUGAGUAAGUUAUUCCCUGAUUUAAUGACUCGAAUAAAGUUGUCGCAGAUUUGAUAAUAUUGAUGUCAAAGAUGGUUUCCAUGGCGUAGAAUAAAAGAACUGGUGAAGUGAUAAGAAAUUUACAAUAGAAAUUUCCUGCCGGAAAUUCUUCGAAAAUAUUUUACACUAGAGCAUGUUGGCCUUGAUGUCGACUUCUGAAAUUACACGAAGGCUGGUGUAGAUACAGUCACUUCUGAAAAAGUUCGCAAUCAUAUCAUAUCCGUAAACUGUUAUAUUUCGAGUGACACUAAGUUCGUGAUGCUGUAAUUGUGUUUAGAAAGUCUUCUGGAGGGAAGAACGUGAAGACGAAGCCAUUUAUUCGGUAUCACUGAAGAAAGUGAGAUACCGCUCGAGCGAUAAGCUUCUUCCUUUUCCUGACGAAGACGAACAACCAGUCUCUCAUCUUCAGUGGGAGAUGAUGAAGAUCAGAACCAUUAAAGCCGGUUCUUUAACGAAGCUUGUGGAACAUUUAGCACCCCCAAUUGCUUCAUUUGACGAGGUUGAUCCUGGCUACAUUAUGGCGUUCAUGACUACGUAUAGAACUUUCUCAACAAUGACGGAAAUCGUGGAUCUACUUUUCGAGCGGUAAGAUUCUUUUCGAGUUUGGUGUUGCAUGAUAAAUUUCUGGCAUUGAAAGGGAACAAUCUAAAUAUUAUUUUGGUACUCCCGAAAGACAGGUGUUUAUCUUUUGUUUUCUACAUGUGAAUGAACUAUCUCUUUCUGAAGUUAUUCAAGAAAGUUAUUAUUAAUACUUAUUCCGGACACUUCGUUCCCUUUAUGAACUAGCUAUCGUUUGAAGCCCAAGAACCCAUCAUAACCGUUAAGGGACUCAAAAUAAUUGUUUUAUGUACUCUUGAGGUCAGAAAUGGCAUACUUUGUCGCAUCAUUUACUCUUCGAAACAUAAAGAGCAAUCGUGCUUGACUAAUCAUACGGGUAAAGUGUAAUCAUUGUUAAAAGGCAAGCUUAGGAAUACGUAUUUGGUCAGUGGUGUGACAACAAUUAAACCUAACUAUUAGUUGAUACUGUCACAUCACAGGAACAGUUUUUCAACACUGCAAAACCAUAUGCAAAAAGUAAAAGAAGUGGUGUUAAAAUACUUUGACCAACUACUUAAAAUGUCAAUAUGUGAUCAUCACAAGGUUGUGUUUGGCAACUUUGCAUCUUUAAAAAAGAGAGAAAGGGUUCUAAACAGGCCAUAACAAAAACACUCUUGUUUGUGAUGGAGGGUUAUGAUUUUACAUAAGUUGAAAUAUGGUCUGCAAGGUUUUUUUUUCUGUGAAAAUAAACACGGCAACCGUGAGUGAUCUGUAUGAUGAGGACGAAGUUGUUAUGCAGAGUCCAGCCAUGGAGGGUUGUAAUGUCAAAGGAAGUUGAAAUUUGAUCUGCAAGGUUUUUUUCCAUGUAAAUAAACAUGGCAACUGUGAGGGAUCUGACCAAUGAGGAGGAAGUUGUUCAGCUGAGUCCAGCCAGGCUAUGAAAGAGAACACUGUCUCUUGUGAUGGAGGGUUGCGAUGUCAAAGGAAGUUGAAAUUUGAUCUGUAAGGUUUACUUCUGUAAAUAAACAUAACAUCCGUGUGUGAUAUGCACAAAGAGGAAGAAAUUGUUAAGCAGAGUCAAGAGAACACUGUCCCUUAAAUGCAGGGUUGUGUUGUCAAGGAAGUUGAAAAGUGAUCUGCCAGGGUUUUUGCCGUGUAAACAAACACGGAGGCUGUUUGGCAAAGAGGAAGUUGAAGAAAUGAAAGAGGACUUCCAUAUUACCAUAUUUUAACAAUAAUGAAAGAAUACCUUGUACUUCAUUUUCCUUACCGAUAAUUUGCUUUUCUCUUGAAUACAGUAUGGAAAAUAAGUCUUCUAGUCUGGGCUAAAAAUUAUUUAUUAAGUGCUUAUUAAAAUGGUUAGGAAGAGUUGUUUAAAUAUCAUCAUUCAUUGUGACUUUAUCCCUUUACACCCUAACAUCAGUAUGCAUAUUCUCCAUACUGUUCUCCAUACAUUUCUUAAGAGUCUGAAAAGGAGAAUUUGUUUGACCUUAAUGUUUGAUUCAGGGCUGAUACUGUAAGGAGAAAUUAGAUGCCAGGCACUCUAAGGGGUUAAAGGGCUAACAAUAAUGAGAGAUGUAUUGUGGAAGAAGCAGUAUAAUUGUUGUUUUCAAAAGCCUCGUAAACUGUCAGUGAACUCACGCCAAAACACGGGUUUCAAGUAAAUGGAAAAUUUUUAGUAAAGUUUGUGUUAUUAAAAAUGGCAGUAACAUUUUGGUUUGUUUUUCCUUUAGUUACCGACUAUUUGUGGAAAAUGCAGCUCAGAAAAAGGAGGAGGUAGUUGACAAAGUGCUGAGGUAGGUAGUAAAUUGUUUAGUUUUAAAUGGCCCAUUUUUGUUCAGUAGCUUCUGCCAAAAUGUGUUUAUAUUGCAGGAUUCAAAAUUGUUCUUUGCUGGCACAAAUGAAUGAUGAAAGUCCUCAGAGUCUUUUCAAUGGCUCAAAGGGACAGUGACAGGAUUCAUGGGGACUGGGUUACAUAGUCCAGAUAAUCAAGAUGCUACUUAAUAAAAAAUGUGAAUAUCAGUGAGCCAAAAAUAAAACUGAAUAAGUAUCAUUUUAUUAAUAUUAUGCAAGAAUCAAAAGACAUCCUCAAAUUACAAUAUUGUGCAUUAUUGCCAAAAUGUGCUCAAAAUAUUUUAUGAGAACAAAGUUUUCACAACCUUAAACACUGACGUAAAUCAGUUUGUUUCAUCAUGUGCACAUCACUAUUUUUAUCUUUAUUUGUAUCUGCCUUGAUGCAAUAGCAUCAAUAUUGUUCUGUCAGUUUACAUCUGCUUUGUUUGAUGGCAAAAAGUUUUUACAAAUCUUAAAUAUGAAGCUUGGGUCACUCUCCUGUAGCUAAGCAUGCUUAUUUAGGGAUGAUCUGAUGAUAGUGAGGAAGAUGAUGAGAACAGCAACAAGAAUGAUUAUGAUUUAAAGAGGGAACCCAAAUAGUCCUUGUGGAUAAUUAAUAGAUCAGUAAUUAAUGGUUUUCAACUCAAUUUUCCCAGGGGCAUUGCUUCAGUGUUCCAUGUAUGGCUAGAACACUUCCCUUCUGAUUUUGAUGAGCCAGAUUACACAACUCUACUAAAAAUACAAAGCUUUGUGACAUCAGAGAUGAGGGCCAGUCAUGGAGAAGAAUUAGCUAAGAAGAUACAACAGCGUCUUGAUAAAUUUAGGAUCACUCCAUUUGAAGAUGAAGGUGAGAAUCUAGAUAUCUGUGUAUUGGUUCGAGUGUGGGAAAUGUAGGAAAUUGUGAAAAUAUUUGGAAAAUCAAAACCAAAAUUUGAUAACAAAGGUUACACUCCACCUGUUUUAUUGAAGAUUGUUAGAAAGAUAGUAAUGAGCAUUCUAUUGCUAUUAAUGAAUGAUGGUCAUUUUUGUAAGCAUGAUUAUGACAAUAAGUUUAAUUUUUCACAGAUUUUUAUUGCCUACCAUCUAUUGGAAGGCAGACUCAUAGAUGACUACGCUAUUAACAACAUUUUAAUUUUUUAUUGUGUAAAACAAAUAGAUUCCAUAUUGCCUUUGGUCUGUACAGUGAUAGAUCACAAAAGACAUCAAACUGUGGUAAAAACAACAGUGACACACUCAGCUGUGCCUUGUGUGCCACCUUUUUGUUCCAACCAAGUCAUCUGUGAUCUAGAACCCUUCAACUCCCAAGAUCUCCUUAGUUUGUUUUACUUCUCUCCCCUUACUGUCUGCCAUACAAGUCUUGUGAUGUUAGUUUGGAGAAUUUGGUAUUGGAUCAACUUAUGGUGCCCUAAUUGAUAUCUUUCUUUAUUCUCAUCACUUGUCUGCUUGAUAUUGUAUUGAUAUUGUAAGGAUAAAUUCUGUCUUGGUCACUUAUAGAGUUAAAGGGAUAACUGAACACAUGCAUGGCAACUUGGAUUCUAUUUGUUAAUUAGAUAUCAUUCAGUUCACUUUAAAUUUUCCCUGGGUCCACAUGAAAGUUUAGUGACUACCUAUACAAUACCAAAAUUAACAACUUUUGAUUGACUUUUUGCUUUAGAUAUUGAGAUAAUUACAUGUCCCCUUCCUGUGUCACCAAAGUUUGGUUUUCAAGAUGACAUGUGCUCAAUUCCAGAAGAGACUGAGUCUUGUUUGGAUUUUCUGACCCAACCAACCAAUGAGUGUGCCGAGCAGCUAACAGUGAUGGAUGCGGUUAGUUUUAUUGAUAUAGUCUAUGUUACAAACUCUCUAAGGUUGAGAGAUUAGAGAAGGUGCCCAUCCAGCUGAAGUGUAUGAUAUUCAAGUUUCCCUAGCAUGAAGCAGUGAGGAGUAUUACUACUCUCCCUGCCCUGGAUGGGAUGCCAGUCCAUUGCAAGGUUACUUCCAGUAUUUUAUCAAGCUUCCUAAACAAUUUACCACUACCUAUUUAUACUCCUGAUACUUGAGAGACACUGUGCAAGUGAAGUGUUUUGCCCAAGAACACAACACAAUGACAGAGCCAGGUCUAGAACCCAGACCUUCCAGUACAGAGUCCAGCUCGCUAACCAUUAGGCCACUGCAGGAAAACCUUGAAUUCAUUUUUUCCCCAAACUCACUUAACCCUCUACACCCUGAGAUCAGUAUGCAUAUUCUCCUGAAUAUUUUGCUAAACAAUCAAGAGCUCCUGUUCUUGUUGAUCAUUUCCAUUAUUCUCAUAACCUUAAUGUUUGUUUCAUGGGUGAUACUGUGAGGAGAAUUUAGAUGCUAGUCACUCUUAGGGGUUAAAGGGUUAAGGGGCUUAAGUAGGUGGUGGGUGAGUCUCUAAAGAAACUGUGGUGUUGCAUUGGAGGGAGAGUCUAACAGGCUAAUUAAGUAUUAUCAACUGAGUUUAUAACAUAAAUUGGCAUUCUUAAGAGUUUCAAAGCUGAUGUUUUGAGUGUUAGCCCUUCUUCAGUCACUGACAAAGGGCUAAUGCUCAAAAUGUAAGCUUUCAAACUUUGUACAGUGGCCAAUUUAUGUUAUUAACUCAGUUUAUAAAACUAAAUUUCUCAAAUAAGUAGGAUCUAGGGAGAGUUAACCCUUGGGUCCUUGGAGUGACUAGUAUCUAAUUUCUCCUUAAAGUAUCACCCCUGAAUGAAACACUAAGGUCAUGAGAACAAAGGAAAUGAUCACCAAUUUAAUAACCCAUUAAUUGUCAAACAAAUUCACCUUGUAAGUGCCUUUGGAAAUUUAUAGAGAACAGUAUGGAGAAGAUGCAAAAUGAUCUUAGGGUGUAAAGGGUUUAAGAAUGAAUCUGUGUGUGAACUGAUUCUCAUAGCUGUGGAGAAGUUGCGAAUGAAAAUCCAUCAAUAUUAUCACGCACUUUAUCCAUAGUAGGGGGCUUUAGUUUUGUUGAAGAGGUGUGCAGGAAAAAAAAUGUGAGCUCCGCUUUUAGGCUUGACUAAAUCUAUAUAUUAGCUAGGGAAUAUUCUGUCAUGUGAUGUGUUCAAACCAAUUAUACACAAGCAAAAAUAUUUGAUGGACUAUAACUGCAGUUAGCACAUGUUCAGUUUCUAAUUAUUUUAUAUGUUAUAAACCUCUUACAGAAACUGUUCAAGAAGGUAAUAGCAUGGCAUUGCCUGGGAUGUGUUUGGGGAAAAAACAAAAAGGAAGGAAGAGCAGCCACUGUGAAGGCCACGGUCGACCAGUUCAAUGCUGUCUCUCUUCGGGUCAUCUCCACCAUUUUAACUUGCACUGAAAGUAAAACAAGUGGGCCGAACAUGAGGGGGAAGUACAUUUCACAGUGGAUAAAUGUAGCACAGGUGAACUAGAUGGGUUUUCUGCAUUGACCUGUGCUGUAUUACUUGGUUGACAAUCUAAUAGGGGUUAAAAAAAAGUUAUCCAAGAAACAUUGUUUAAAAUCAGAAUAAAAACUAGCCUGUGCAGGAAGAAAGACUAACAAAUUAAUCCACAGAAAACCAUUACAAUGUGUGGGCAAUUCAGGAUAAAAAGGAAGGGACAAUUAUUCGAACACAUGCCACAAAAAUAAUGGGAAAAAUCUAUCAAGUCAAGAUGCGAGUUUGGUUAACACAUUCGAAGAGCUUCCUGAAGGCAAAAGAUUGGUUCUAGCACUUGUGACAACACUUUGCCAUUAUAACUCUGCUCUGCUUGAAAUGGUUUUGAAAACUUGAAGUGUCACCUUUGAAUCCUCUGGACUAUCAUAUUGUGUUUUCCUUAGAUUUUUCCUUUUGUAUGAUUGUUGGCCUCCUGACAGAUUAUAACAGAUCAGCUCAAUUUUCCAAAUUAAAGUAGAACCUGAAAAGUGCAUUAGGGUUCAUGCUUGUCAAGCUUGCUUUCAAGGAUAUUUGUUAGAUUGAUCAGCUGUUUUCAUUAUGUUUUGUAGGAAUGUAGAGAUCUGAAGAAUUUCUCAUCCCUUAAAGCUAUCUUGUCAGGUCUGCAGUCAGCUUCAAUUCACAGACUUAAAAAAUCUUGGUCUCAUGUUUCUAGGUAAUAAUUAUAUUUUCUGCCAAAUAUUAAGAAACCGAUUUGUUUAGCUGAAAAGGACAAAACAUAUCCUGUUAUGUUGGGCGUUAUUGUGCAUUUUUUAGUUCUCAUUUUCUCAAUGCCCUCCAAAGUAAUAAUGAUAGAAAUACAGUUUAUUUUCCUUUGCAUAAAACACAUUUUUUGCCCGUGGACAUAACCUCUAUUGUAUACUUACAUAGAAAUGGUAUAACCUCAAUGCUUCAGAGUACCACAAAACCCUUCUGAAAUGUAGGAAGAAUGUAUCAUGAGUCCCUUCAUUUCCAAGUAAUCAGGGGGGCCUAUGUCUCAAGUACAAAUGAACGAAAAUAAACCAGAGACCUUAAUCCAAAUUGGGUACAAUUCUGCCGGCUGUGUGGAGGUAUCGUAAAAAGCCCUCUUUGCUUCGAGGGCAUUUUCAGAAUUCAAAAGAAUUUUGGUGUAAAUUCAGGUGGAGGGGGGAAAUCGAUAUCAUGACAAAGGAAUGAUAUCCUUCUUUUCCCAGCCAUUUUGGAAUUAGCUGAAUAUCCUUUUGGAAAUUUGUAAGACAAAAGCAAACAAGAAUAUCAGGUGUUUCUUUUUGUUUAGGAGAUAACUUGGUUAAAUACUGUUCUGCUAUAAUUGUUUUUCAACAAGAAUUUUGCUUCUUUGUUCUUUUAUUCCCCCCACCCCACCCCACCCCACCAAAAGAAGGUCCUUCAAAUGCCAAGGUGGCAUUGAAACAUGAUGAACCCUGUAACCUCCAAGAGUGACUAACAUCUAAUUUCUCCCUAAAAUAUCACCCUUGAUCUCGAGAACAAAGGAAAUGAUCACCAGCUGAAGAAAUUCUUGAUUGGUAAACAAAUUCUCCUUGUCAGCACCUCAAACAUCAAAAUGUUUAGAGAACAGUAUGGAGAAUAUGCCUACUGAUGUUUUGGUGUAAUGGGUUAACAUUAUCUACCACGGCUAUGUUUUAUCAUAUUUAGUAUUAAUAUUGUUUAUUGUAUUGUUUUCCUCUAGAGAUGUUCAUAAUUUGUUUCUUGAACUCUCAAACAUUUUCUCAGAGGACAGCAAUCAACAGAGUAGUAGAGAACUUCUCAUGAAGGUCAGUAUUGGCUAAAACAUUUUAAUUUCAGUUAUCAGAUAUACUGCUUUGUUCAUGCAUUUUGAUUGGUCCCUACUCUUUACUACAUAACAGAACAUCAACUCGGGCUAUUUUUGGUCACGUUACUACUAAUUAGGAUUUUCAGUGGGGAUCAAAACUCCUUGGGGCUGUUAUUGAAAGCACGCUUUUGGCCAAUUCAGGCGUGUACACAGAAUCUCCUUCCCACUUCUGACAAUUUUGGUUAAAAAUUUAUUUUUAGUAGCUUACAAAAUUCAACAUUCUUUGGGGGGGGGGGAGAGGGCGUGUGUAUUCUGAGUCAAUAUUUGGACCUUCGUAAUAAAAAUUUCUUGGAUCUUCACCUGCUCUUUUGGUUUGGCAAGCCACUGAUUCUAUCAUACACCACCUCCUAAACUUUUUGUCCUCGGAAGAUUUCAUAGAAUCUUGAGCGGCUUGAAAGUUUUUUUCUUCUUCGUAACAGGAAGGAACUGCAAAGUGGGCGCAGCCAGAAAGUUCACCAACUAAGAAAUUGCCUAAUAGUAAGAAACGGAAGUCACGCUUCAUGGACCUGGUAAGUGUUUUUAUGACGGUCUUACAUACCUUUUCAUUUUCUUUUGUCGGCAAUGCCUAACACAACGGUGAUUGUUAUUCGUUUCUUGUAUCCGCUGCAAUAUUUAUGUCAUGGACUCAUUUUAUACUGAUACCCGAAACUACGAGUUGUCCCCUUUCGGCGAAAUUGUCGCGCGAGUCGAAAAAAAAAACAAAUCAGUGAAAAAAAACCUGAUGAUGUUAGCGCGCCGUGCAGAACCUGGGAGUGAGGCACACGAAAAGUACACCGGGCGGUCCUCGACGAAAAGCAGGGAGUGCUCGUAGUCUGCUGUACCCUUAAACUGACUGACUUGUAACUUUUUUUAACAAUAUCAACACAUAGUUCAGCAAGCAGUGGAUGAAAAUAUAUCAGCUAAGGGGUGAUAUUAUCGGCCAGUCAAAUUAUUCUAGUGUUUUGUUUAGUACUUUUUAAAUUUAAUUUCAAAAGGCUCCAUGAAUGCAUUGCCCAAGCGAUUUUGUUAAAAACAAAAAAAACAAAACAAAACAAAACAAAAACACUCCCACUUUCAGAGUGCAUUCCAUUCAAUAUUUUAUAUGCUGCGCUGUUUUCAAUGUUGCACUUAAAAUUUACUCGUCUCUGUUUCAAGCCUCCAUGAAUGAAAUAACUUUAACUGGGUAGCUGUCAGCACAUGCAUACUUUUGAAUUAAACUGUCCUGAAUAAGCAGAACGUCAUUUGGUAGGCGCAGUCAAUAUCAUAGUUAGACAAUCCUAAUUUCACGUUGAAAAUAGAAACGGGUUCGCUCUUCUUCAUGGAGAUAGUCAAGUCAUUCCGAAGGUAUAUGACUCAGCUAAAGAGAUGAAGAUGCGAGUGAAGUAGCUUUGGUAACGGAAGUGUUCAUUGUAAAUUCAUGAUUACAAUCCUACAAAUAGUGAGGGACAUCUGCGUCAUCAUGAGCAUGUAAACACUUUUUAGAAGAAAGUAUGUCAAAAUAAAUGCGUACUUGACUCAGCGUGAGAUCAAGUUGUACAAGUUGGCUGGAUAUUGGUUUCAUUCCUUCUUUACGACGCCAAAAGAUAUCGAAAACAAAUUUGGGACCUUUUUUUGCGGUUUUCUUUGUUUUGACCAGCGUCAGGUUGUGUUCUGCGUCUCAGCAUUGCCAUUAAAACUGUCAGAAAGAAGUUUUAUUGCUAGAUAAGAGAUUUCUCAGAGGUUACGAUGCAUGGAAGAAAUUUUUUUUGCGCCGGAUCACAGGGAAGGAGUAGGCGAAGAGUGGCAAUAUAAGCUGACACAGACUAUCAUCUUAGUCAUCGAAAGGUCGUGGUCUUUAUUGGAUAGCGACUCCAAAUCGUGAGACAAGCGAUUACAUGAUCAUCAUCAUGAUAUCUAUGAUGGACAGACGAAUCUUUCCCGAAAAUGAUACUGAAACGAUUUGUGGUUUGAAUCAGAUAAUUAUGUGAAACCAUCGCAAGUGGUUCAUUCAAACUCGUCAUUGAAGGGUUUUAAAAGUUUAUUUCCCUCCCGCCGCGAUUAGCUUCGUUAUUUUGCGGAUAGGGAUUGUUACAUGUGUAUUUCAAAUUUUAAGGAAAUUAAAUGUAUUAUAAGGUGUUUUAGUUGCCGAACCAAUUGUCUGGAACAGACCUUCCUACUUGGACGUCACUGGGCCAAGUUCAUAUUCUUCUUGUUCAAUUUGUGGCUGUGUGCAUGCGGAGACAGUCAUCGACCCAGAAGAUAAGAUACGGCGAAACUCUCUCCUGAAUGUAGAAUUCAUUCCUGCAUAUAUGACGGGAUUAACAGUGUUUGAAAUGUAAAGAAAAAACAUGCACAACAGUUCCAAAUUUCUUGGCAUGUGUGAUACUAAUGAAAAACGUCUUAUUAUGACUAUGACCCAGAAAGGAAUCCAAGAAACCAAAAAGGUAAAAACAACAAUGAAUAGCGACCUGCUCAGUCGAAUUUCUUGAAUGGAAAUGCGCGCGUCGUUCCUUCUGAGUCCUCUCAACGCGGGAGAAAUCCCUGUCAGAUGUUGACGAACAACUUUUAGAACUCUCGAGUAACCAAAAGUUGUGGCAACCAAAGGGAUGAUAAGAAAAAGUGUUAAAACUAUUAUGUAGUGGAUGAACUUGGCACUUUCCCCAAGGUGUUUGAGAGAACAUUGCGCAUAGCCAGGCACAAACUCAAAGUCUUGCAAUUUGGCCAGUUUUGGAAUUGCGAUGUAACAAGCCACAAACAACCAGAGGAAGAGAACCCAUAAACGAGACUUUCUGGGUGAAAAUAUUUUCUGGUAGGUUGUGUUUGGUCUGCACAUACGAACAUAUCGGUUCACAGCUGUUAAACCCAUGGUUGCCGGUGAGACGUAGAUGACGAAGAUACUCAUGAAGGCGUGAAAUUGGCAAAUGGUUUCUCCAAGCAACCAUUUUCCUGUGAAGAGUAUUAUUUCACUGAGAGGCAUCACAAAGACAGCGGAGAGCAAGUCGCUCACAGCCAAUGCUAUGAUAUAAAGAUUAGUGGGGGUGCGUAAUCUUGGAUUUCUGUAAACAGAUAAGCAUACCAUGAUAUUUCCUGUCAGUGACAGGAUGUUUAAAACGACCAAAGAGGAGCCUUCGAAGAUAACCAGUGCUAAACUUCUUGAUGCAAGAUCGUCGGCCAUCUUAGGUAACUGCACUUCCUUGUCUCAGUUGUAGCUAACAGUGAACACAACGAGACUCUGGCUAAAAAUCAAGUCAAAAUGCUGAUAUAUGGCCCGAAGCACUAUUGCUGCCCAUCAAAAACCGGAAUACCGGCCAAUAUUUCCAUAUAAAGAAACCGCCCGAAAAACCGAUCUUAGGCCUGAGGGAUAGAAAAGGCAAAGACCUUACAACAAGUGGAAACAGCUCUUUUUGAGUCAUAAAACCGAUAUUCGGUUUCGGAUAUCAUGAGAAAAUCCUAAAUAUGGGCAUGGUAAAUAUAGGCACGUUAAGGAGUGCUUGUCGAAGUAAGGUCUAAUAAAAACAGGAAAUAUCUGCCUCUCGCUAAAAUUAGUAAAUCUGGGAAUAACUUUGGCUGAGGCGCUCUUGAACUACAUUCCUGUGUUCUGGUUUAGUGCUGUUUCCUCUCAUUUAUAUUUAGAGAUGUUUUUUGCUGUAAAUAUCUUAAAUUAAAAUAAUGAAAUUUAAUUUAAAUAAUGUGUUUAUGACUGUUUGUAUUUUGUAAAACUACUUUGUAAUUAAACUGCGAAGCGUAGCAAAUUGCUCAAUGAUAUCGUCCUCGAGGCGAUAAGCGCUGGUUUUCAUUCAAGUUGUGCAACAAGGCAAGUUGUGCUUUCAGCCAAACGUGACUGAAAUGAAACGAAGACCUAAAGAUUUCUCAAGUGUUUCAGGUUCUAAGUUGAAGCGUUUAAAAACGGAAGUGACUUAUUUCCAUCAGUAUUUUUGAUUUUUGUAAAUUGUAACUCGGACAUUGUUUAUGAACCAGUAUUAUGGAAUGAAAGAUAAUUACAGUCAGAAACACAAUCGUAGUAGUUAUAAUAAUUGAAAAGUCAACCUAGACUGAACUCGAACCCAUAAUAGUCGGGCGAUAUUUUUGCAACUGAGAUAGUGAAACAACUGUGAGGAAGUGAUCUGUGUAUCUCAGUUUUCGAAAUACGCGCGUGAAGGGUGAAUACAGCAAAAGUGAAUCAAUCGAAAUGAUAUAUUUCAAUUGCGGAAUAAAGAUGCUCUUAGACUGAUACCAUUUAACUGAAGCUAGAGACGAAAUCGAAGUAGUUGUGAAAAUGAAGGCGGAAAACACCAUUCGACAGUGUGAUAUAACCAAUACUUAACAAGCCAACUGGAAGCUUGUCACGAUAACAACUCUUUAUUUCUUUUAACGAAAGAUUUCGAGGAUAUUUUAACUUUUUUCCUCUCUUGGGGUUUUCACACUCCGAAGCAAUACUCGAUCACUCGAGCAAAACUGUGAGACGUACUGACAAUUACAAUUUGAGGCGGUACGUCUGCUAUUACUGAUGCAAUUUUCCGAUAGUAAUCUUGAUGACUGACCAUGGUAAAGAGCAAGUACUCAACUUUCCAUUUGACUUAAAAGAAAGCCGAUCCUCGAUGAUGAUGAUGAUGAUAUUGAUGAUAUUGCGAUAAGCACAUAACUACUUCCCAAUUAAAUGGCAAUUAAUUGGAGUUCUCGUCGUUUCGAGUUACCUUCCCGACAACAACUCGAAAAUAAAAUAUUUACUCUGAAAAUGGCAGAAAGUUGUUUUAUUAAACUGCCGACAUUGGACGAUAAUACUCGUAAACAGCCGAUUGUUACGGAGUUACUUACUGAGGAGUCUCUAUAGAGAUUUUACUUGCUCCAAAGACACAAAUUUUGUGUGCACGAGCUGGAAAAUCCGGAAAACAGAUUUUGACCGAAUUCAGAAAACGAAAACCUGAAUUCCUCUCCCUUAUUUUUGUAAGAUGUUUGUACAUGGAUAUUUUUUUCCUUUUUAGGGAAUUAUCCAAGGAACAGUUCCAUACUUGGGCACAUUUCUAACCGACCUAAUGAUGUUAGAUGCCGCUUAUGCAGAUUUCACUGAGGUGAGAGGAACUGGGCAUCAUCAUUCCUCCCCAUUACUUAAGCCACCUUAUUACGUAAGCCACCUCCCUCUCCCCGGCUCUUUUACAAAUUAAAUGUUGGACUGGACUCUGGACUCUGGACUCUGGAUCUAGGGUCAGAAUGGGUGUUAGGCGAGAAACACAGCGCUCGAAGUAGUCAUCCCCAAUCUAGCAACUGUUAAGGAAAUCUGGGAAAUUGCAGUGCGGGGGAGGGUGGGAGUUGGGAGGGGUGAGGUUUGUGUUGUACCAGUGUCGUGCCUUUCACUCGGACUUGUACUCGGUCGACACUUUUUUUUUCCUAUCUGGAAAGGGAAUCUUGGGAAAGAUGUGGCUUUUUCUUCUUUCCUUGCCUUGAUGCAACGCGAGCUCGCUAAUCCUUCCUAUCAAUCAGUGCGCAAAUAAGAAAAAGCUGGGUACGAGUCUGCCUUUCACUUGAAUUGUAUGCGGACUUACUUAACUCCACAGUAUACAAACGUAUUUUUACCUUUUACAUUCCCUUAAAAUGUGAACAAAGUCAUGAAUUUCCCAAUGACGUUUUGCUUUCUUUUCCUAGGAUGGCUUGAUCAAUUUUGAGAAAAGAAGAAAGGUAAGUUGAAUAUAGAUGUUUGCUUUUAUGUAAGCCUUCUGAGAGUUACAAUUGAUUUGUGUGUACUUUUAACCCAACAGGAGUUUGAAAUAAUCGCUCAAAUAAAGCUGCUUCAAGAAGCGGCAAAGAACUACAUAAUCGUUCAGGAUGAAAAAUUUCGACGUUGGUUUGAUAACAUCAAGACAUUUACAGAAUCAGAGAGGUUAGUUUACGUGGUAAAUCGUUGUUAGGAUAGAAAUGGAUCUGCCAGGAGAACUGGGUCGAGUUCACGAAAUUGAGGCUAACCAGGAAAACGUUCUGGAAGAAACUCGUGAAACUCUUCUUUUUUUAGCUGCUCGUAUUACGAAGUCCCAUCGUAAAGGAAAAAAAAACUUUUAAAAGAGAAUAGAAGCCGAAAAGGAAAAAUCAAACCACGGGAGAAAAAAAAAAACCAUGAUUGUUCGCCUGUGUUCUUUUUCCACUCAAAUCUUACUAGCAAACCUCGACUUGAUGUACUAGACGAUCAAACGUAUCGAACACGGGCUAUUGAAGUAUGGACGAGAGGAGCUGGGUCGAGAACCUGCGUGGCACAACUGUCUGAUCUAAGUCUUCUCUCGCCCAAAGCUUACGCUCCUCGCUUGCUCUAUAUCGAGAGAAAGCAGACUGUUAGUGAUAUAUACUGUAGAAGCUAACGUAUGUCGACUGCAAGGUUGAAUCUUGUGCUUCAGAGAUAAAGUGUGUUCAUAAACUGACUGGAAAACUUACUAAAAGAGGCGGACCCAAAUCACAAUUAUAGUAAAAUGGGCGGGCAGCCAUCAUUUAAUGACUAACAGUUCAUUCAUUCAUGAUUCAUUUUGUAUAUUUUGGUACUUUCCUCAGCUACCACUUGUCUUGUAAAGUUGAACGAGUGGAAUUAAAGUAUACGAAAAAGAAGAAGGAAAAUAAAAUAAGGUAUGCAUCCGAUUUUGCUGUAAACUAUCCCCUCAAGCCUCUAAUAAAAGAGAAAUAUGAAGAGUUUAACUUCUCCAAUUUUAACAAUCAUCGUUCGUUUUUGGUUUAUGCUAUAAAGCCAGCCUCUUCCCAGGUUUCCUUCUUAAAAAUGUUAAGCCUGAAGCGUUCCGGGCAGUUUGAAUCGUCUGUAUCCUUACAAUUCUCUUUUCUAUCUGAGUUACCUUACCAUGGUAUCUAGGGUGUUUUCCUACCUCAGUGAACGGCUUUUGCAAUCUUUACUUAAUCGCAAUAUACAAUUGAGUGUCGAAAGUGAUGCAGGAUUGGAUAGGCUUUCUAUUUCUUUUCUCCGAUUGGUCGAGAAGAAUCGCGCCUCCUCCACUAUCAUUCAAAUGCAAAAAAUACUGGAUUCAAUCGCGUCUUAGUCUUAAGCGUUUUUCCGCAUUUCAGCCAGGUUUUGUGUUUUUACUCUGAGUUUCCAUUUCCUCUUUGCGAUAUUUUCCUUUGUCUUGAUUAACCGCUGUAAUUUCUUAGAUCUUUGGUUAUACGACACUUGUUUGAAACGCGCUCUGUUCUCAGUGACGCUUAAAAUGGCUCAAAAUCUCUUCACGUAGUCCCUUUCAGCAAAAAUUCGUUCAGAGAAAUUUUCAAUCGAGUGUCGUAAGUAAACUGCGAUUUCAUUGGUUUUGCUUUACUGCGCUCUGUAAUUGGCUCAAUGCACUUUCGCCACUCUCUUUACCAAUCAGAUGCAAAAACUGAAACCAAUCACGACUUGGUUUCACUUUAAGGUCUCAUUGGCCCCUAGAGUAUUUUCCUUUCUUCUGAUUGGUCGUCAUGAUUGCUCUGGUUUUGGUUUUAUAACACUCGGUCGAAAAGUGCUCUAGGUAACGUCAGUUGUUGCUAUUAAUUUGUGUGGCAGACGGAUGCUCAGUGAACCAGACAUCAGCAAAUUGAAUUUACUGACGCAAAUCUCAUCACAAAGUCUCUCUCCUCCUCCUGCUGAUAAACAGUGCAAAUCCAAUGAAAACUCUCCUGUCAUGGCUCGUCACAAAAGAAAUGUAAGUACAACUUUGGUGAGUAAGUCUGUUUGUUGUUUUUUUUUUCUCUUGUUAACUCUUAACGCCCCAACAUCAGUAUGCAUAUUCUCCAUACUGUUCUCCAUACAUAUCCUAAAGCAAUGGCGAGGAGAAUUUGUCUAACCAUCGGGAACCUCUUUGGUUUGUGAUUUUUUUUUUCCUUUAUUCUCAUGACCUUAAUGUUUGAUAUAGGGGUGAUACUGUUGGGAGAAAUAAUUUUGACUGAGGGGGAGGGGUUAGAGGAGGCUCCGUGAUGUAAUUAUUAUGAUCAAUAGUCUCCCCUUUAUACUCUGUUGGUGAUGACUGAUUCCCCGUCCGUUCCCCCCGAAAACCAUGUGAUCCCCUCGAAAAUCCUCCUAUCCCCCCCUCCCCAGCCCUCCCGCCCCCUUGGUGUGAGAAAUAAUGACUGGUCCUCAACCGUAACCCUGAAUUUUUCGUUUCAAAAUGCUUCGCGGGAAAUGUUUCUGUAAGCCUCGACCUCGUGUGCUAGACCCAGGUCUCUUAGCCCGCGUCUAGUCAUAUUGAAUAGGGUCAACCGCCUGACUGACCGACUUGUUGCCUCACAGAACUCCGGCUCUUCCUCUUCCUCCACGUCCUCCGGUGUGUCAUCAGGAUCAGAUACGUCCUCGGUGCCAAAAAACUUUUCAUUCUCCCUUCCCCGGUCACAGUUUGCUGGCUUGCCAAUUGGCUGUAGGUCACCCCGCCUACCCAAGUCUAGAGGAGGUGUUUCGCGGAGGUCUUUACCAGAACGACCGCGUCUUCCUCAGACGCCUCCUCCGGACAGUCCUUCCAAUAGAUCUGCACAUGCUGGCUGUAUUAUUCGGGUCAGCAUCGACGGACUGGAAGAUACAAAAUCUGGUGCUGGUGUUAUCUACAAAGGGAUUUGGGUAAGAAUGUUACAAAGAAGAAACAUUUUUGAAAUUAAAAGCGCAAAUCAAUAAGACAACUCAUUAUUUAACUUAGCUCCCCUGUUCUAUUUUAAUUUUGACUCAUUGUUUUUUUUUUGCGUUUUUUGCUUAAUUAAUAUUCCAAAAUGUUUUAGAAAGAAAUUCUGAAAAAUUCAUAGAAAUACCCUGACGGAGCUGUCAAAUAUUUAUAUUGCUUUGAACGUGAAUUGGUUGUUUUUAAUAGAUAUGACGGUUUGUCGAGACAGACUGUUAACCAACUAAGUCCCAAGGUCCAAUCAGUAAUUCUUCUACUUACUGCCAUACUUUUCAAUAUUAAUUUAACAGGAGAGUUUGGCCGUAUUUCAAAAUUAAACCUUCCAACAAAAAAAAAAUUUGUCUGCUGUUCUCUUAACCUGUUCUUCCUCUGGUUGUUAACAGCUUUCGGAUGACGAGCGAACACCUGCUGUCAUUCGAUCGUGUUUGGAGAGACGAGAAAUGAAGGGAGAUCCAAGCAAGUAUUUCCUUGUUCAAAUUCUUGAUAAUGAAGGUAAGUCUGAGUUUAAAUGGGUGAACAGCUUGAACUCUUUUGAAGCUCGCGCUAUGUUCGCACUCAGAUCUUGCGCGGUCAAAAACCCUCUGGAGUCUCCUUAAAGACAUCAAGACUCAAACCAGACUUACCUGUUAUUCCCUUACCUUGAUUUUCUGAUUUGUUUUCAUUUGCAGGCGAACUAGUCAUACCAGACAAUGCGAAUGUGUACUACGCCCUGAAUUCAAGUAUGGAAUCUUUGCUGUUCAAACUCAAGAAAAAGGCAGAUGAAAAGCCGAGCUGAGGUAUGUUUUCGAGUUUGUUUCCUUGUUUAUUGUGAAGUUGCGUUUUACAAGCAUCGUUUCGACAAGCUGAACUGAAGAAGGACAAGUUCUUAUUUGUGAAAAUCAUUGAAAUGGCCGGUGAAUACUUUCGCCUUUGUCGUAAAUGAAAUUUCCGGGAAACGUUUUAUUGUGACAAUGUAAAGUUGUUAAUUAAACAAUUUUUUUCUCGUGUAGUUGUCAGAAAAAGGGUCAGGCAGUGUGGUAUUUCAUAAACCUCAUUUAUAUCCCAUUCACUCCACGGCUAAAAUACGUUUUGAAUUGUUUUGCUGAUAGAAAGGGCUUAAACUGAUGUUUAUCGACUUCACAUUUUGCUCAAUUGAAAUAGAAUGAAGUGAUUACUCGAACCAGUCUUCCAGUUUUCUAGUGAUAUUUUUAAUUAGUCCAAACUAGUGGAACUGAACAUGUUCUGCCGUCGUGAGUGGGGCUUAGUUACUCAAUUAUGCCUGAGUUGAAGAUCUCUGGUGUCAUGUUUGCUAUUCGAUAAAAAAUCAACAUCUCAUUUAUAAAAUGUGCAUGAUUUUUUUUGAACUUCCACUAGUAACUUUUAACUCCACUAGUAUUAGAGUAAAUUAUUACUUUACAAUCUUUUAAUGUAUGUCACUAUGGCAAUAUUACAAUCUUUUUCUCACAAUCAUAUAAUACAGUAAUAUUACAAUUAUUUGAUACAGUUUUUUUGUCCCCAUUCAGCCUCCCCAUUCAGCCUCCCCACCAGCCUCCCCCACCACACCCACCUGGUGGAACUGGUGGAACUUAAAACAUGUACUGCCGUUGUGAAUGGGGCGUUAGUUAAUCAAUUAUGCCUUAGUUAUAGAUCUCUGGUAUCGUGUUUGCUAUUCGAUAAAAUAUCAACAUGUCAUUUAUAAAAUGUGUAUGAUUUUUUAUUAACUUCAGAAUUAACGGAUGGAAAAGUGACAUCUUAUGACAGGAUUAAGAUAUGUUUUUAUCCACUUCCUUGUCAGCCAUCCCUGCAGAUUGCCGAUGCUGAAUGAGGUUCUCGCCUCGCAAGGAAUAGAAACUCUUUGACCAAGAAGUUGCUACGAGGUGCCCGACAUUUCACAAUUUUCGCCAGAAGCAAUUCAUCCGUACACAAAUUUCCGGCCAAUCGUCCCCCGAGCGGUAACAACUUCAGAACAAUAUGAUGCAAGAGCGCAUUGUGAUUGGCUAGUCAAAUGUGCACCUGAUUUUUGCUAAUAUUUGCUGGGUUAGCAUUUUAUGCGCAUGCGUUCCAAUGCUCUGUUGAUCAUACACAAUUUUUGUAAAUAAAUUUUAAAAAUUAAAUGAUCUUACGUCAGCCCAGAAAUGUAUUUUUAGGAUUUAGUUAAAUCUCAUAAACAGUUCUAAGAUAAUCGAGGUAGAUAAUACAUUUCUAAUUGUAUUUUAUGGAAAAGAGACAUAAAUCUAAAUUUUUACGUUGGUAUUUUGUAAAUCGUUUUUGAAUUGCUCUAUACAUAUAUUUUUUUUUCAGUUGUGAAUGUGUUUAUCCAGAAGCCAUAGAGAAGACGAAGUUUUAAUGGUUUUCUAAAGGUUUUUGAAAUGCAGUUUGCCUGAUUAGGAUAAAAUUUCGCCGCAAAAGCUUCAUUUGCCUGUUGAGAUUUGCCAACUAAUCAAUGAUGUGGACCUUGAAAAAAAAAAAAUUUGACCAAUGGAACCUAAAACAUUUAAGAAAUUCACGAGAAAAACAACACUAUAAGUAGGGAAGUUAUCGUGCAAUGUUUCCAUUUCUAUGUGCUCUUCCUCAGCAAUUGGUUUAACAAUCUUCUUCUUCGUCUACGAUUUUUUUAGUACAAAAAAUUUUAUUGAAGAGUGCAGUUUGUGACUGAUAGCUGAAUCGAGCGACAAAAUAUAUAUCUAUUACGGCAACUGAAAAAGUUCAAUAUUAUUGGGGUUUUUUAGUUUUAUUAUUAUUUUAAUAGACAAAUGAGAAUUAAACCUUUAAAUGCAAAUGCCUGGGUUGGUUUCUUAUAUGUAAAUUGUUAUUGUUAUCAUUAUUAUUUUCGUCUUUGUUAUUAUCGUCAUUAUUAUUAUCAUUAUUUUGAAAAUCCAAAUCCUAUCUACUUUCUUCGUCGCUAAUAGAAAUAUCUUUUUCAAUUUUGAUGUAAUAAUGCAAAAUAAAUUAUAUCAUAAUGAUUUUAGAUAUAUGAAAUUCAUAUAUUUGCACUGCGGUGAAGAAACGAAUUUAAGAGAUCUUCGCAGUUAAGAACACUACUGAACUAGUAGUUGAAAAUAGGACCUGAAGAAAAUUCAAGUCCAUACGGGAUUUGAACCCAUGACCUCUGCGAUACCGGUGCAGCGCUCUACCAACUGAGCUAACAAGCCAACUGGGAGCUGGUGAAUAUGUUAGGUCCAAAUAAACCAUCCAAGUGAUGGAUAAUGAUUUUAGAUAUAUGAAAUUCAUAUAUUUGCACUGCGGUGAAGAAACGAAUUUGAGAGAUCCUCGCAGCUAAGAACACUACUGAAAUAGUAGUUGAAAAUAGGACCUGAAGAAAAUUCGGGCCCUUAGGGGAUUUAAAUCCAUCACGUCUGCGAUACCGGUGCAGUGCUCUACCAACUGAGCUAGCAAGCCAACUGGGAGCUGGUCAAUAUGUUGGGAGAAAACGAGGGAGAAAAUAUAAAAUGCUAC